AGAACUAUCUCGACGGCAUGUUCGUUGAUACUCUAUAAAUGCAACUGAAAUGUUUAGAUCUACUUUAGUAAUUUGCGGUCUUUUGUUUGGUGUGGUUUUGAGCAGUGAUCCAUUCCAAUGAGUUUCAUUAUUGUGUCCUUUUUGGUGUGUUCAGCUUUGGCUGAAUACGCCCCGGUAGUGCUAAACGUGGACAAAAAUCUGGUGCUUUCUUCUGUAUACGAUGCCAUUCGAGAAAACGGUGAUCGUGCAUUAAGUAUCGAACCCAUAGAUGGUAGAAAUAAACGCAAUAUCAACUACUACACCUAUGAUGAUUACAAAAACGAAGAUUAUGGCGAGGUUACGCACACGAUCCCAGCAAAACAUCAGUGCAAAUCGGAUUCUCCCGGUGUUCACAGCAUAUCCAUCUCGGAUACACAUAACUGGUCCAGUAUGGGAUCCUCAAUAAUCCACGUUCUGAAAUACCUGAUGAUGGCAGUAGCGUUGAUUACGCUUCCGGUUCUACUGUUUCAGGCCUUCAUCAUUCCGCUGAAAAUGCUGAUGGGUCUGAAAACUAUGGCCUUCGGAAACACGCUUCUGCUGGGAACGUUUCUCUGGCGGUACCUCACGAGGAUGAACAAUGGCAACCAAGACAACGACAACGAUGAUCGGGAUCAUGGAACGAAGGAUAUUGUCAAUGAUAUUGAGGAUCGUUUCUAUUAUCCCCUCAAUACAGAAGAUCUGGAUAAUUUGAACGAAGGUGAAAUAAAAACGAUACUCAAGUUUAUUAAAAUGAAAAGUAAAAAAUGGUAA